AUGUCGGCAUCAACUACCCCUGACAUCCCUCUUCAAAUUAUUGUUCCGAACGACGCAAACCCUGGUACGGCUCCGCUGCUGGCUGCUGAACGACGUGUCACACCUUCAUGGACCAUUGCGCAAUUGAAGGCGAAACUCGAGCCCGUCACGGGAAUACCGGCUGGCGCUCAGUCACUCCGUACCAGAGGCGUCGAUGGAGCCUGGAUUUUCUUGGGCGACGAGUCCUCCAUCGUCGGCGAUGCCAGGUAUGCAUUACGUCGGGGCUCCGAGAUCGAGGUCCUCGACACGCGGCCUGCCAACGCGAGACAAACGAUCAACUUCUCCGACCUCUCGUCGGUUGAGAAGUAUCAGAUGCCCGAAUCACAGUACGAGAAAUUGGAGGACAGCGUGCUGGCCUGGAAGCGCCGCCAGAAGCUAGGCCGGUUUGACCCCAAUACAAAAUCCCCUGAGGAGCAGGCGCAUGAGCGACGCACCCAUGAUGAGGCGGAGCUCGCUGCCGGAGGCAUCAAGGUCGGGCAGAGGUGUCGCGUAGGCAACGAUGAUGCGCGCAGAGGCGUCGUCCGAUUCACUGGAGAGGUUCCGGGGCUGGGCGGCAUCAAGGAGGCUGGCUGCGUGUGGGUAGGAGUCGAGCUGGAUGAACCGGCCGGCCGGAACGAUGGCAGCGUCAGUGUUGAGACCGGAGACGGAUCACAUGAGACGAAGAGAGUGUUUCAAUGUCGGGACAAGUUUGGGGUGUUUGCGAGGCCCGAUAAGGUGGAGGUGGGGGCUUUCCCACCGCUGGACGACCUCGACGACCUCGACGAGGAUACGGAGGAGUUGUAG